UUAGUUGUACAAAAAGCAUGUGUACUGCCAAUGAGAGCCUCUUGUAGGCUGCAAGUUCACACAGGGGCUACCAAUUGCCAAUAACAUUCCAUAUUUCGCACCCCUAGGAACUUCUUGAAUACUUAUGUUGCUCUCCAAUUUAAAUUUUAAAUGCGGCUCAGAAAAGGUCGGGGACCCCUGCUUUAGGCCUUGAUAAUACAUUGAAGUAUCUGGGUGUUUGUUAAGCAACAUUUUGGAAGCCAAUGCUUGAACACCAGCUUUAAAGGGCAUGUAAACCCUGUUGCUCAACACCGUAGUUUGCUCCGAUCUUACUGGACAAUGUCUGCAUCCUCCCGACAUCUCCAGGGCCCGUGCUCCAUCGAGUAAAAGAGAAUCCUCUAACGUUGAGAAUCCCGUCUGCUCUGUGUAAAUCUCGCUCAGGGUUCUUUGUACCUGCAAUUCAAGCUGGAGGCAUCAAACAGUUUUUCUAGCAUGAGGCAAACAGAUGUAGAGUAUGUUCUCCCUCUAAUGUUUUAUUACAGAAUAGAGGCGCAAUAAUGUCUGUAUACAAGAUAACCGCAAGUUGGCCAACAUAUUGCUGGGGUUAUAGUAACGCCAUCCUAUCCUCUGCACUGCAAGGAAAAAAAAAAAAAAAGACCUUCUCUAGUUCCAUAAAACCUUCAACUUUUCCAACAACACCAUGAAGCCUGAUUGAAGUCACUCAACAUCAGUUUCCUAGGCAACACCAGCCACAUAAAGGGCAAUCACCUUGUGACCUCAUAUUUACCCAAAACCUUCAGACAAAUGGACGGACCAUAGAGAUGCUAAAGCACAACAAUGGUUAGGGUAUUGGUCCAGUGAAGCAAAAGAACCAUAUGGAUUAGGGGAUGAGAAGGACUAAAAAGAGCUAAAGAGCCUUAUUCAAAUGCAAAACAGGUGUAGAGAGACCCUAAAACAGAAGGUUUUCACGUGUCUCAUGUAAGAAAGUCCUGUUUAUGGCCAAGCCAUGUGAAAUAAUCAUCAUAUUUGCUCAGACUCUAAAGAUAGAGUUUAAGUAGCAUUACACACGGUUGUAUUUUACAAAGUUUCUUUUCUAUGAAAUGAAUAUGAAUAAUAAUAAUAAUGUUAUUUAAUCUGAAAUUGCCAUGAGUUCAUUUUUAACCCCCAACAUAACUGCAUUAAAAGAACCUGCCCCUUUGUUACAUUGUAGGACGGUGAAUAAUACAUAAUUGGCCCAUCAACGAGAGUGAAUAGUAUUCCAUUGUGACACAAAGGCAGAGAGCAUGCUGGGAACUGUACCCAAGGUAAAUGGUUGGUCGGUUGACGUGGUGGAGCGGUGUAAGAAAUAUCACAAUGUCGGUGUAGUCCGAAUUGAUCUGGCGGGAGAUAUAGGCUUGAAGAAUGAGACAUUCCCAGGGCAACUGAAAGCUUUCCAGGGCCAAACCUGUACUGGAAUGUCAGAAAUCACAGGAGAAAUCUGGAUGGGUUUCCAGUUGCCCCUGCGGUGUUUGUUUUGCUGCCUGCGAGUAUAAACACAUGGAGCUGGAUGGAGCUGGGAGUCGGAAAGGAAAACCACAUCACAUUCCUAAUCCUGGACAAGGCGCUGGUUUGAUGAAUGUUGCCUGGAAUACUAUGGACCUGGGGAUUCUAAACAGAAACCUGCUGCUGCUCCUCUACUGCUCCCUCCCACAGAUUUGCACUCAGCUCUGCCGAACACCAUGUUUCUGCUCUUGGAUCCCACCAAGGUGUCCCCCUGGGGUCCCCAUUAUUGUGGAUGGUUGCGGCUGCUGCAGAAUCUGCGCUCGCCAGGUUGGAGAAUCUUGCGACCGCCUCUACCUGUGUGAUGAGUCAAAGGAGCUGCUCUGUGAUUAUCCCACUAGCACUGGGAGAGGAACAUGCAACUAUAACUAUGAUGGCGGCUGUGAAUACGAUGGGAAGGAAUAUGAAGACGGAGAGGUAUUUCAGCCCAACUGUAAGUUUCAGUGCAAGUGCCUCGAUGGUGGCGUCACUUGCACCCCUCUCUGCAGCGAAAAUGUUCUGCUCGCUUCUCCGGAAUGUCCCUCUCCCAGACGGGUACAAGUUCCGGGGAGGUGUUGCCCAGAGUGGAUAUGUGACGAGGAACAACAAAGCCCGGUUUCCAACAGUCUUGGAAAAGAAACGUCCAUUGUAUUACAAGGAGGGUCACGGGUUAAGCCGCUCGCUUGCACAGAUUGGAGCACCCAAUGGAGCGCGUGUUCCGUCAGCUGCGGGCUGGGCGUGUCCCUGCGGGUGUCCAAUAGGAAUCUGCUCUGCAGGCUGGAGACACAAGUGCGUCUGUGUAUAGUGAGACCCUGCAGGAAUAGCCCUGACAUGAGCAGCACGACAGGAGCCGCCUGCACUCCCACCGUCCAUUCUGAGCACCGGCUGAGAUAUAAGACUGACGAGUGUAUCAGCCUCAGAGAGUUCAAGCCAAUAUUCUGUGGCAUUUGCCCAUCCAGACGCUGUGUGCCAUAUCAGACUCACACUGAACCGGUUGCCUUUCGUUGCCGCGGGAACUUAACCUGGAAAUGAAUGAUGUCCAUUAUUUCCUGUGUGUGCUAUUAGUGUGCCCCACGCCUGACCAAGAUGGAAACCAUUAAACGCACCUUUGUUCUACUGGGGUUAUUCAAAACUUUUUUCUUUUAAUCAAGGGACCCAAAUAAAGGCUUUGGAAGCCAAGAAUUCACCUAGAA